UUAACUUGAUUUAUUAUUUGAUUCAUAUUCUGUCAUAUCCAUUUUCUAAGUCUUUCCAUAUUUUUAACCUGGUAAAUAUUCUUACACUAAUUAAAAAUUAAUGAUUUCUAAAAAUAACCAAAUCUCUUCACAGUUAUGCAAAGCUUAGUGAGGUGUCUCACAAUCAAGGCAACAGCACAGCUUUUAAUGGAAUCAACGUCAUGCCUUUACGGGGCUCCAGACAUGAAGCUCAGGAUCCUCAGCUUUUUUGGCUACUGGUGUUUCCAUGUGAAAGAUGUUCCACAGUGCACUUUUAGGAGCUCCAGAUGGUUUGGAUCGAAGGAAGAGCAUUCGUAGUCACAUAAGGAUGGUAAUGGAACAGCUGGAGAAGGUCCUCUGUGAGCUGAAAGAUGUGGCUAGAGAGCUUAAACAGGUAUUGGCUGAAAUUGACCAGAUGACAGCAUACAUUGAUUUGGACAUUAAAGAGGACAUAGAGGAUGACAACCCUUCCCUAGCCCGCAGUAGAAAUAGCAGCGAGAGAACACUGGGGAGCCUUUUUAAAGUUGAGGCUAAUUCUUCUAGCAAUGGCCUAACCCAAUUAUUACACAACUCCCCCUGCAACUCUACUAACAUAAAAGUACCAGCCCUGUACCGACGGAGCUGUGGAGAUUUACCUGCUCUAAAUGGACCCUUAUGGCCAAGUGCUUCUUGGCUCUUUGGCAGAAGAGAUGAAAUGUAUUCAUGUGACAGGGCAGAACAUCAUGCACUGUGCUGUGAUGAUGAUGAUUUUAGUGACGCAGGAAGCAGGAAAGCAUCCAGAUUCUCUUCCAGUGACUCUGUGUUUUCAAGCCCUGCUCCGCAGCCUUUGAGGUUAGGGGUCUUGACACCUAGAUCAGUCCACAAUUAUCACUUGAGCCCAGCCUCAACGAAAAAAGCAAUGCGGAGUUGCAGCACACAAACAGUUUCUGAUAAGAGCACACAAACCUCAUCUUAACACCCAACUUAACCACCUCCCCUUCAAAAAAAAAAUCUCUACAUCCAACUGCUUGUAUGAAAUGAACUGUGCUGUGCAUGUUUACACA